AGACAAGCCGAGCGCUACAAAUCCCCGGCUGAACAAUACAAAAAGUAUCCAAUGAUUUUGAUACUAAUAACUUACAUUUACAUUAAAUUUUCGUCAUUUAGCAGAAACUUGAUGAAUGGAGAGCAGUAACAGUCUCAGGUGAGUAAUGUUCUGCAAUUGAAUAGACCGAAUUAAUAGUAACCGAAGAUAACUAUUUGUUAGAUGUGUGCAUGUUGUCUAAACUGCUGUCAACAAAGUACUGUAGGCAACCUGGUGAUGUACACGUUGACAACCUGUUCACAAUGGUCCCCAUUCAUAACAUUUACAUUUACAUUUUAGUGAUUUAGCAGUACCUAAUGUAAUCUACAUUUACCGUUGUAUAAGGUAUUGACAAAUAUUUGAGGCUAUUCUAUGUUUAGCUAUAACAACUUUAUAACAAAUACUUUCUUGAAUUCAUUGAUUAGGCCUACAUAUAUAUUUUUAAUGAGGUUAAAUUCGUUUAAACCCUUAUGUACAGGGUUAAAAAGAGUAUUCUGUAAGUCGCUCUGGAUAAGAGCGUCUGCUAAAUGACAAAAAAUGUAAAAAUGUAAAUGUAUCCUACUGUCAUAUAUAUUUAGACCUUUCUAAAAAGAUGGCAUAUGCAUGACAUGUACUUUUUGCCUUGCUAUAGCUAUGUAGCUACUAUACGCUACAUAUAUACAUAUAUACUAUACUAUACUCCCGAGUAUAGUAUAGUAUAUAUGUUCGAAUCCAGGCUCUGUCGUAGCCGGCCACGACCGGGAGACCCAUGAGGAGUCGCACAAUUGGCCCAGCGUCCUCCAGGGUAGGGGAGGGAAUGGCCUCAGUUGGUAGAGUAUGGCGUUUGCAACGCCACGUAUUUAUUUCUCUCAGUCAGUCUGCUGCAUGACCAAUUCAUCCUAUAGGUCGGUGCUGUGUAGGCCCUAUAGGCACAGUGACAGUCAUUACUAGUGAUGCGCGGGUUGACUCAUAACCGUGGGGCGUGCGGGUUUAGGGUCUUUAAAUAGGAUAUUGUGUGGAUGAAGGGCAGGUGGGUGGUUGGCGGGUUGAAUAAAGAGAAAACAAUAAGUAAAAAAAUCCCUAAAAGUGAUAAUUAUUGUGCAAUUUAUACCUAUAGGUUACAUUGAGGUUUAGUGCAUAAGCCUAAACUUUAAGGCCUAAACUGUACACGCGCCAAAUAGCCUACACGCCAAUCACCAAAUGGUUUUGGGAAGUGCCAGAAAAUUAACUAAUGUCGAACCACGGAGGUUAUAUAUAUAUAUAUUUUAUACCUACAAAAAUUCCUAAUCAAAUAGCUAACUUAUCCUUGGUAUGACCAUCUUAAAACAAUUCCAUAUGUAAGCUUAGUAGUAGUCUCGCAUUACCGUACCUCCAAAAUCACGUCACUGUCAAGCCUCCCUUUUUGUAUUGCAAAAACGGCAUUCUAGUUUUGCAACAUUGCAGAAAAUUGAAGAAAAUCUGGAGGAAAAACGUACUCUGUUUUGUCAGAAAUGUGCUCUAUACACAAAAUCGACAUACUGUACAUCACACAGGAGGCUGCUGAGGGGAGGAUGGCUCAUAAUAAUGGCCGGAAUGGAGCAAAUGGAAUGGCAUCAAACACAUGGAAACCAUGUGUUUGAUGUAUUUGAUACCAUUCCACCAAGUCUUUUCCAUGAUCCUGUUCUCCCCAAUUAAGGUGCCACCAACCUCCUGUGGUACAUCAACAUAUUUUGAUUGGGUUUUAAUCUGCGAAUUCCUGGCCAUCCUCACCAUAGACUGUAAAAAUAAUCGUCAUGCACUGUUGCACCUACGACACUAAUCUAGUGAGCACUAUUGGAGCGCUGCCAAAGCAAGGCAUUUGAUUGGUUUGACGUGUAGUGAGGCGUCACUGAUUUACACCGGGUCUCCACCCCUAUUUAGCUAUUUUUAUGAACUUCCCUAGGCUUACCCGUAUUAGGGAAGCCUGGUUCUCAACGAGGCUAGCUUAGUUGAAAUCCAGCCCAGGUCCUUAGACUCUAGGGGGAUACAAUACGCAUUUCUUUAGUAAAAAGACAGGUGCUACUGAUAAUACUGCCAUCGUCGUUGAGGCAGAUGCGCAGACUGGUCUCUGCCUGGGGCCUCCAAAUCACUAAGUCCGCCCCUGUCGACAGUCACAAGACAGGAACUUCAAAUAGGCUCCCCAACAACAACUGCUCCCUGGGCGCCGAUGACGUGGAUGUCGAUUAAGGGAGUCCCCCGCACCGCUCUGAUUCAGAGGGUUUUGGAUUUAUUUUUUUAUCUUUUCAUUUAGCAGACACUCUUAUCCAGAGCAACUUACAGUUAAUGAGUGCAUACAUUUUCAUACUGGCCCCCCGUGGGAAACGAACCCACAACCCUGGCGUUGCAAGCGCCAAGCUCUACCAACUGAGCUACAGGGGACUAUGCAGAAUAAAUGCAGAAGACACAUUUCGGUUGAGUAACAGGUCAAGGGAACUGUAGCCUACUGUUUAGAUGCACUAAAUGUAGGCUAAAUGUGGACUCAGGAACAGAGGUGGAGAAAUAUGAUUUAUUUCUUUAAGCAUCUUGAGAGAACUGCGAAUGCGCUGUUAGUUACCAUCUGUAGAGGUGCUAUCUUUAUCAGCAUCAUAAAAUCUGAUAGUAUUUCAACCACAUAAAAUAUGCAUCCAAGCCGAACUGAAAUCUUAUCAGAAACAUGUUGGGUAAUUUUCACAGCUUUCUAUUUCCCUACAACCGGUCAAACUGAUGUCAUUUGGAAAUUUUGCACUGAAAAUCUUUUAUUGAGAUAUUGCAUUUUUUUCUCCGGCCCCUAAACAUCUCUCCUUCCUCGAAAUAAGCAGAGAUGACAGAGAAAACUUUACCGAUGUCAACUAGAUUGAAGCAUUCAUUCUAUCGAUUUAUGACAUUCUGUUGAGCAAGGGUUUAUUUAGUCUCCUAGGGAAACAUAUAAUGACAGAAGAGAAGCUGCAUGUAUCCAAUUAUAGAUAAGUUGAGUAACAAAUAGCCUACCAAAAUGUAGAAAAUUAUAAGCAGAAACAUAUCUAAAUCAGGCACAAAACAAAUCCUGCACCCUCUGUCAAAAAAUGGUUACGCUGUAGCCUGCAUGCGCAUUUCUUAUAUUUGCGGGUUAGGGUCUCAGAUUUUCACUUUAACACAUAGUCAGGCGGUUGCAGAUGGGUUAUUAGCAAUUGCGGGCACCACUAGUAUGUAUGUCUUUAUGGGUACAGCCUAACAUCCUCGUUGCUAUUUCAUCUCCAGCAAGUGGAACUCCAAUAUUUGCACAGUCAAUAAUUUUGUAAAUUGUUAUGGCAAAACUCCCGCACCCAACUGUUGCCUUUGACACAGAAAGGCACACACUGGAGAGCUUUUAGGUUGUGAAAGGUACAUUAUAACUUAUGUUAUAACGUUCAUGUUACUGUGCAAUGUAAUGCAACUAAACCUACAGCAGUAACCCUCAAAGUAUAGUAGGGUAACAAUGAAUACUAAGAAUACUUGUUACACUGUACUGUACUUACAGAGUAAUUACUCAAGUAACUUGUUCCAUUUUCUGGAUAUGACAUGUCAAGAGUAUAUUGAGAACACUGGUAAGUAAAUGUGUUGUCAAUAACCCUGUGAUGCCAAACAUCUUGUCCCUUUCUGUUUUCUCUGUAGUUAUUGAUUAUUGGAGUCAGAUGAUUAUAUCUGUCAAGCUUGGUGACAUGAUGUCGAAGACUGAUUUAAGAAUGAUUGAUCACUUUAACGUGCUAACACAUUGACUCUGUGGGUGUUGUUGCUUUCAUGAUAAAUAUAUUUGAUUUUGAUAAAGAAUGCACUUCUGAAUCAUAUCGUCAGGUAGCCUAGCGGUGGGCGGCCGAUAGCCUAGCGGUUAGAGCAGGGUUCCCCAACUGAAUCAUAUCGUCACGUGGCCUAGCGGUGGGCAGCCGAUAGCCUAGCGGUUAGAGAGCAGGGUUCCCCAACUGAAUCAUAUCGCCAAGUAGCCUAGCGAUGGGCGGCCGAUAGCCUAGUGGUUAGAGAGCAGGGUUCCCCAACUGAAUCAUGUCGUCACGUAGCCUAGCGUUGGCGGCCGAUAGCCUAGCGGUUAGAGCAGGUUUCCCCAACUGAAAUAUAUCAUCAGGUAGCCUAGCGGUGGGAGGCCGUUAGCCUAGUGGUUGGAGCCUGGUUCCCCAACUGAAUCAUAUCGUCAGGUAACCUAGCGGUGGGCUGAUAGCCUAUCGGUUAGAGCAGGGUUCCCCAACUGAAUCAUAUCAUCAGGUAGCCUAGUGGUUGGCGGCCAAUAGCCUAGCGGUUAGAGCAGGGUUCCCGAACUGAAUCAUAUCGUCAAGUAGCCUAGCGAUGGGCGGCCGAUAGCCUAGCGGUUAGAGCAGGGUUCCCCAACUGAAUCAUAUCAUCAGGUAGCCUAGCGGUGGGCGGCCAAUAGCCUAGCGGUUAGAGCAGGGUUCCCCAACUGAAUCAUAUCAUCAGGUAGCCUAGCGGUGGGCGGCCGAUAGCCUAGCGGUUAGAGCAGGGUUCCCGAACUGAAUCAUAUCGUCAAGUAGCCUAGCGGUGGGCGGCCGAUAGCCUAGCGGUUAGAGCAGGGUUCCCCAACUGAAUCAUAUCGUCACGUGGCCUAGCGGUGGGCGGCCGAUAGCCUAGCGGUUAGAGCAGGGUUCCCCAACUGAAUCAUAUCGUCAGGUAGCCUAGCGGUGGGAGGCCGAUAGCCUAGCGGUUAGAGCAGGGUUCCCCAACUGGCGGGCUGGUUGUUUUAUUUGGCCCCCCAAGUUUUCUGAUUUGUUUUCUGAUUUGUAAUUAUGUUCGGGAGACUCUCACAAACACGAUGGUGUUCUCCGUUUUGCUCUACGACCCGUAAGUGUCACGGACUCAUCUGAAGCUCACCCACACAAAUGAAUGGAAGUAUGGAGGUAGUUUUGUGCCAACAUAAUUAGGGGUUAAAUAUGUAUCCAAAAAAACUAAACUAUUUCCUGAGCUUUCUUAUAUCUCUUAUUUGCCAUUAAUGAAUGUGUUAUUCAAUGCGUUUCUAUGGGCUUAAGUAGUACAGGCCCCCAUUACAAUCAUUUUUACAGUAUAUACCUAAAGGUUUCCUAGAAUCCAUGGUAUUACCACCUUAAAACAAUUCCAUAUCUUAGCCCCCCCCCCACGACUGAGACUUUUAGAGGUUAUUAACUGGCUUUUUUCUGUGUAAAGUGAACAGAAGGGGGUCCUGCUAUGAUGGCUCAAGAGUACUGCUGUGCCUCGGCAGAUGAGGGAGCAGAGAACGGCCCACAUGUCCCCUUAGUGUUGGAGAGAAGGGAGAAGGAGGAGGAAAAUUGGAGGACAGCCGUUUCACACCAACUGAAAAAGCAGUGCACAUGCAGCUCAGAGCGAGCCAAGGCCCAGGUUCUAGGGUUCAUCCCCAUCCUAAAAUGGCUGCCACGCUACCAGCUCAAAGACUGGAUCCUGGGUGAUGUCAUGUCAGGGUUGAUAGUGGGCAUCCUGCUGGUGCCCCAGUCCAUAGCCUAUUCUCUGCUGGCAGGCCAGGACCCUAUCUACGGCCUCUACACCUCCUUCUUCUCCAGCAUCAUCUACACCCUGCUGGGCACCUCACGCCACAUCUCUGUGGGCAUCUUCGGGGUGCUGUGCCUGCUGGUGGGCCAGGUGGUGGACAGGGAGCUGGCGCUGGCAGGGUACAUCACAGAGAGUAGCAGUAGCAACGCUACCCUGGGUCUGGGCAUGGGGAACAGCACCGGAGGGCCGGUCUGUGAUAGGAGCUGCUAUGCCAUCAUGGUGGGGGCCACAGUCACCUUUACAGCAGGGGUCUACCAGGUAAAUGUGUGUAAAGGGGGAAUGUUGUAACGUCUCACGUGAUUCAAAUCAAUGACAAACAGAAUUAAUUAAUGUUAUAACAAGUUGAUUGUCAUUGGUCCUGACUAGUAUGACUUUUAGUGUUUUCCUAUUUUUUCUAAAGCCAUUACUCCCUCUCUGUUUUCACUCUGUGGUUGUAGGUGUUGAUGGGCCUCCUGCAGGUGGGCUUUGUAUCUGUGUACCUGUCAGACUCCCUCCUGAGCGGCUUCGCCACGGGGGCCUCUCUCACCAUCCUUACCUCCCAGGUCAAGUACCUCCUGGGACUGCAGCUGCCCCGCGCCCAGGGCUGGGGCACCCUCAUCAAGACCUGGGUCAGCCUCUUCCAGAACCUGGGCCAGACCAACCUCUGUGACCUGGUCACCAGCCUAGUGUGCCUGGCAGUACUGGUCCCCACCAAGGAGCUCAACAACCGCUUCAAAGCCAAGCUCAAAGCCCCCAUCCCCUUUGAGCUGUUCGUUGUCAUCGCUGCCACUCUGGCCUCCCACUUCGGCCACUUGGAGGAGGAGUAUGGCUCGAAGGUGGCCGGCACCAUCCCCACGGGCUUCCUGCCCCCCCAGCUCCCGUCCUGGUCUCUGAUCCCCAACGUAGCGGUAGAUGCCUUCUCUAUAGCCAUCGUGGGCUUUGCCAUCACCGUCUCCCUGUCUGAGAUGUUUGCCAAGAAGCACGGCUAUGUGGUGGAUCCCAACCAGGAGAUGUACGCCAUAGGCUUCUGUAACAUCCUGCCCUCCUUCUUUUGCUGUUUCACCACCAGCGCUGCCCUGACCAAGACCCUGGUGAAGGAGUCUACAGGCUGCCAGACUCAGCUGUCUGGCCUGGUCACGGCCCUGGUGCUGCUGCUGGUGCUGCUGGUCAUCUCCCCUCUCUUCUACUCCCUGCAGAGGUUAGACCAUGCUAUUCUGUGUGUAACAUUUAGCUUUACUAUACAUGUUCAUCUCAUGAGAUCAUAACAUCCACUACACAUAGUUUGCUCAUAUUGAAAAUGUUUGCCAGAUAAUGAUGUUCCACCUGAUUUGGUGAUUGGUGUGUUUCCAUGUCGUCUCCAGGUGUGUGCUAGCAGUGAUCAUCUUGGUGAACCUCCGGGGAGCUUUGCUUAAGUUCACAGACGUCCCACGGAUGUGGCGCGUGAACCGCUUGGACACCGCCAUCUGGCUGGUGACCAUGGCAACCUCAGCUUUGAUAAACACAGAGCUAGGCCUGCUGGUUGGGGUGAUGGUCUCAGCAUUCUGUGUGUUGGGGCGCACUCAGAGAGCCCAGGCCUUAGGGCUGGGCCGGGCCGGCCAACGGGAGCUUUAUGAGGACCUGGCCUCCUACAAGGGCCUGCAGACCCAGCCUGGGGUGGCCAUCUUCCGCUACGAGGCGCCAAUCUACUACGCCAACCAGAGCCUGUUCAAGAAGGCCCUGUACCGCCACCUGGGCCUGGACCCCGUCAAGGAGAAGGCCCGGCGCAGGAAGCUGGAGAAACAGAGGAGAAAGCAAGAAGAAGCAGCCAUGACGACAGGAGGGGAGGGCGGGACUAAGGGUAAAGAGAAAGAGUUGACUACCACCACCAAAGUCUUCCUACCAAAUCAAGUCAACUUCCACUCUGUGGUGAUAGACUGCAGCCCGGUGCUGUUCCUGGACACAGCAGGGGUCAAUGCGAUGAAGGAGGUGUGUAAGGAUUAUAAGGAGUUGGGGGUACAGGUGUUCCUGGCCCAGUGUAAUACCUCAGUACUGGAGUCACUGGACAGAGGUGGCUACUACCCAGAGAAGGGUAUGGGAGAGAAGGAAAGAGUGUUUUUCACCAUCAGUGAUGCCGUCCUCUACGCACAGAGCCUCUCAUCUCAGAAUGGAGAGUGUGACACAUCCUGUUAACAAGAGCUUUAACGAUUGUAACUCUACAGAAACAUAUCUUUAUACACAACAUAGACAAAUAUACAAUAUCUAUCUCAAACAACAUCAAUCACAACCAAUAUUGUUAUUGUGCCUUACAGGAACAUAUGUAAAUGUAUCCAAAAAGAUGUGCUUUUUUAUAGACACUUAUUGCAGGAUUACAGAUACUUUGAACUGAAAGUUGAAUGUCAUGUUUACAGUAUAGCUAUGUAAUCUUCAUCUUGAUCUUGUCAGACUGUGAACCAAAAUGAACUUUCUGUUACAAUCUCAUCUAAGACAGAAUGUGUUGUCAUGCAUUGUCAAGUUUUAGGAGGCUUAUUUUAAAGCAAUGUUCGGAGAUGGAUUUGGUCCUCUGGCUGUGGCACCAUGAUUUAGCACCCAAUUUUUUCCCUCCAUGUUUGUUUCUUGUGCAAACAGUGCGAAUGUUACUGUUGUUGACACUUUCGAUCCUUUGUUACCACAGCAAAAGUAGAACUGGCGUCAACAAGAUUAAUGGUUAUAGUGUAAGAGGGUGUUAUCUAUUUUGAAUGCGGAAUGAGAUUGUGUCAGUUAUAAAUUAUACAUGAUCGUUUUUCAGCUGCAACUUGUAGUGAAGUAGUGAUUGAUAUUGUGUUGUCUUAGCUUUCUGGAAUGUAAGAAGUUUAUUCACAGUAGAAAUAAAUAAAAAAUGGUAGAAAAACACCUCUAUUGACCAAUUACAGCCUUCCAGACUGCUGCUCAGGGACACUCCCAGAAUCCUUCACUCCAGCCAGUUUAGGCCAUGCCAGAAGUUUUCAGUAACUGAGAAAGUUUCAGUUUAUCAGUCCAAACGCAAAGUUUUAUUAACAUUUUUAAUCAAACAGCCUUUGUGCUUUCAGGGGUUUUGAUACCUUAAUGCUGUAUGUUUCAUUUUUAUUUGGUAUUUAUGUUCUUAUGGUUGUUUAGCCAUAGCAGUAUAUAUUUAUGUCUGCAUUUGACUAAAGUUAUACUCGAGUCAGUAAUCAGUGCUGUGAAAGAGUGUUACCAUCUGCUUUAGUUUAUUGUAGUUGUAAAACUGUUAUAUUUGCAUGUAGAAUAUAGAGACAAUCAAUGUUGAGGUCAUACGAGAUCAUCUGAAGGGAAAUAUCUAUUACUGGAAAUUGUAAAUGUAUUCUUGUACUUUCAAGUGCCUCUGAAAUUAAAUCAUAUAAUGUUUUAUGAAGUGCCUUUCUGAAUGACCCUAUAUUUAUAUACUCUGUAAGUAA